GGACUGAAUGUUUUCACCAUCCGUUUACGCUGCUGCCCUCUGGAAGACUGUGCCACGAAAUGCCGCACCUCCAGACUGAAGAACAGUUUUUACCCCACAGCCAUGCACAAACUGAGCUCCCCUUUUCUUAUCCCUCAAGCCAAGGUGAAGGUUUCCCUUCUCUUGCUGUGAUUUGCGCGCCCAUCUCUUGACUGCGACGUUUCCUACAGCCGUGAACGCAGCACGGCUCUGUUCACUCCUGCCAUAUGAUUCCUGCAGUGUCCCGCUGUAGGACAGUCUGUGUGAACUCGGGAGGGGAAGAGCUGCGCUGUUAAAACUCCCAGGAUUUACACUCUGCCAUUUUGAGGAAAACCGGCCGACAUCAACAGUACAGACGCGUCCAUUAAACAGAAGUCAUGACCUGUAUAAGUGUACUACCGCUGUGAAUUUAGGAGAAGGCCUCAGGGGGACAGUUAACCCAACAAAGGAGGAAUUGUUGAUUGGAACCGGUCAUCACUGCUCUACAGCCAUGUGUUCCACAAAUCACUCAAACUGGGUCACAUUUGAAGAUGACAACACACCACCUUCAUCAGCUCAAAAGCCCCUACAGUCACCAGGGCUUAUCAAAGCAUCAGUACCGCGUCCCAAUGGUCUGAAAUUAGUUCUUCCUCCGAUCAGAGAUACUUCCUGGAGCUUCAAUAGAUCUCUGGAAGCCCCUCAAAGCCACGCGAGUCCUGGUGGAAGUUCCUGUGUACCAUGUAACACGCCCUUUUGCACUCCUGUGAGUGGGGUUCCUAGCAGUGCAUCCCCAUUUCACUUCAACACGUUGGAAAAUAACUUCUUCCGGAGUUUCUCCAGCACGUCUACCACCUCUAUUCCCUCUCCUGCACCAGACGCCCUGCAUCAAACCUCAGAUAGACCAAGCCCUUUCCCUUCUUUCCAGGGGAACUCAGGACACUAUAACCCCUUCUGGGAUGGAUCUAGACACAGCGCAGAUGUGGACAGCUCCUCCUCAGACUCAGAAUCUGACAACAGCCUACCGCGUUUCUUUAUUCGGACCAAAGACGGCAGCGAGCCUCCGCGUGACCACCUCCAGAGCUCCUUCUUCGACGUUUGCCAGAAACUGGAAGGCCUACGAGCAGAAACGAAGCAUGAAACGGAGACAGAAAAAGACAAGGAGAGGCGGCUAAGUUGCAAAAGUGAGGUGUUAAGUGAGGGUCCAUUACAGUUCGUUCCUCGGGGUCUGUUUCGUAGCCAGAAAAGAGACGGCUGGUCUGUCAUGCUCAGGAUUCCUGAAAAAAAGAACCGCAUGUCCUCGAGACAGUGGGGUCCGAUCUACCUCCGCUUGUUGCCCGGAGGUGUGCUACAGAUGUACUAUGAGAAAGGGCUGGAGAAGCCUUACAAGGAGUUCCAGCUUCUCCCUCAGUGCAGGCUCUCGGAUCUUAAACUGGAAAGCUACGGCGAGCCGCGCAAAGUCCUCUCUGUGAAGGUGGAACAUUUCUCGUACACGGAAAAGAAACGCUACCAUCCCAAGCUGGAAGUUAGUCAUGAGGCGGAGGCAGAAGAGCUGCUCAAGUUUGGCUCCACAGUGCACGACGACAUGGAGGACCUGGUAGUCUCCAUGGAAGAGGAAAUCUUCAAACUGUGUAUACACCACCAGCAGAGGCGGCACUACGAGGAGCAGGAGCUGUCCUUGCAGAUCACUGAUCACAUCUGGGUUCAACUGGAUAAGUUUGGAGAAGUCAUGGAGCGGACAGCCUUCACCCAGAUUCACUGUCUGGCUUUCCUGAACGGACUAGGGGAUUGUUUUCUUGCCCUUAACGAUCUGGGACUGCUGCGCUUUGACUCCAGCUACGGGUCUGAGGAGGACGGUGAACUCUGGAUGGAGAUCGCAGACUGCCAUUUUCACAAAUGUGUGAAUGAGACGGAGUUUCAGAGGUCCCGGCUGAUAAAGUUCUCACCUCCUGAGGCCUGCAGGGUGGAGUUGAUGCGGUAUAAGACGGAGAUUCUGGGUUGCACAGAAAUUCCCUUUUCCAUCAAAGCUGUCGUCACAGUUCAAGGUGCCUAUGUAGAGCUCCAGGCCUUUCUAAACAUGUCAGCCACCUUCCUUUCCUCAGUGGGGGCGUCUGACAUGAACCCACUGUGUGAGAAUGUAGUGAUCCGUGUGCCAGUGCCAGGCGACUGGAUCAAAGUGACACAGACAGUGGCCUUGCUGCGACAGAGAUCACUGAAGGCCCGUAUGAACAGAAACACUUGCUUGGGCGCUGUCAGCACUGCAAAUUCACAGCCUGUCAUGCAGGUGACAAUCGGCACCGUCAAGUAUGAGAAUGUAUAUUCAGCUGUCGUGUGGAGGAUCGACCGACUGCCUGCGAAGAAUACGGCAGUGGAUCAUCCCCAUUCAUUUUCCUGCAAGCUAGAGCUGGGAUCUGAUCAGGAGAUCCCAAGUGACUGGUACCCUUUUGUCACGAUGGAAUGUGAAAUUAUGGGCGCCGUCGUGUCACAGACCAGAGUGAAGUCAUUGGGCACUGCGAACGACAUCCAGCCGCAGAAACAUGUGACCAGUUGGACACGCUAUCAUUGUCAGGCCAAACUCUACUUGUCCAUAAUCUAUGAUGUGAUAGAGAGUAUAAGGGAGCUCUUCUUGGAUGAAGGGCUGGAAGACCGCGUCCUGGACGAUUUAAAACACCUUUGGGAGUCAAAGAUGAUGCAGUCAAAAGCAAUGGAAGACUUAAGGAAAAAUACUAUCAACUCAUCCAACUUUGUACUGCAGCUCCCCGCCAACUACACUCAGACUGAUCAGGAACUCGGAGCCUCAGUUGUGAUCCCUGCAAGUCACAGUAUCCACAGUUUCCCAAUGAAGAACAACUCUGAGACACUUGCUACUUUUUCUCUCCCUGCUGGGUUAACUUACCCUGUGCAGAUACCAGCUGGAGUCACUCUACAAACAGCUUCUGGUCAACUUUACAAGGUGAACGUUCCUGUUGUGGUUACUCAGGCCCCAGCAGGUCAGCCGCCUGAAUCCAAAACCACACACAAAGUCACUGAGCGGAGAGAAGCUGCUGCCCCUCAGUCAGCUGCAAUCCCACCAAAUGCCACUCAUCCUCAGGAGGCAGAGCCACCCUCUGUUCCGGCUACUGCUGUCACACAGCCUCCACAUCCAAAGCCCACUUUACCCCCCGGUCAGGAGAGCAGCCUCCCCCAGCAGCCACCAGUUCCUGCUGUUGAGCCCUCGCAGCGUCAGGGGGCCCACUCUCCAGAGCCAGAGGUCACACUGGAAGAAAACGAGCCAAGUCCACAACCCGAACCCGUGAGCCUCAGGAUGACCGCCUCACCCUGCAGCCAGAUGUUAGACUUCCAGAUCUGCACCGAGGAGGUUUUGACGCACACGGCACAGCUAAAAAACAGAGACAUUGAUGACAUCUUGAAAGAAGUGAUUGAGGAGGAGAGAGAGAAGGCAGAAAGGGCGAGGAAUCGAAUGCCUGCAAAGACUGACAAUCAAUCUGAGGCUGUUCUUGGGCUGGACCUAGACUACAACUACAGCGAACUGUCCGACAUCGUUCAGCUGGAUGGUCCUGCAGGCAACUCUGACAUUGAGGAGGAAGAGGAAGUUCCUCUGGAAGAGAACGACUUUCUGGGCAUAAUCAACGCCGAGGCCGUAAAGGCUCUGCAGGAAGGAGAUGGAAGCAGCGACGGCAACAGCAUCUCCUCCACCAGCGACAGCGAGGGAGCAGAUGAACUCGCUAAUGUAGAGGAAGAGGAUCCUUUGAACUCAGGUGAUGAUGUCAUUGAGCAGGACAUCCCAGAUCUCUUUGACACUGACAAUGUAAUCGUUUGCCAGUAUGACAAAAUUCACCGCAGCAAGAACCGCUGGAAGUUUCACUUGAAAGAUGGAGUGAUGUGUUAUGGAGGCAGGGACUAUGUGUUCUCUAAAGCUGUUGGGGAAGCGGAGUGGUGAUGAGCUUUAGUUCUCCAUACAUCAGAUUAUCAUGUUGAAAGAGGGGAAACUGAUUUAAAAGGGAAAAAUAAUCAGUGAAAUUGGACCUCUUGGUGGUGUAAUUUGGCUCAUGGAGCAGGCAGUUAAAACACCU